AUGAGGGCUGCCUUCGCUAGGAGUGCUGCCUUCGCAAGGAGUGCUGCCUUCGCAAGGAGUGCUGCCUUCGCAAGGAGUGCUGUCUUCGCAAGGAGUGCUGCCUUCGCAAGGAGUGCUGCCUUCGCAGGGAGUGCUGCCUUCGCAAGGAGUGCUGCCUUCGCAAGGAGUGCUGCCUUCCCAAGGAGUGCUGCCUUGGGACAGAGUGCUGCCUUCGCUAUGAGUGUUGCAUUCGUACACAGUGCAGCCUUCGCAAGGAGUGCUACCUUCGCAAGGUGUGCUGCCUUUGCGAGGAGUACUGCCUUUGCAAGGAGUGGUGCCUUCGCAAGGAGUGCUGCCUUCGCAGGGAGUGCUGCAUCCGCAAGGAGUGCUGCCUUCGCAAGGAGUGCUGCCUUCGCAAGGAGUGCUGCCUUUGCAAGGAGCACUGCCAUCGCAAGGACUGUUGCCUUCGCUAGGAGUGCUGCCUUCGCAAGGAGGGCUGCCUUCGCAAAGAGGGCUGCCUUCGCAGGGAGUGCUGCCUUCGCAAGGGGGAGUGCUGCCUUCGCAAGGAGUGGUGCCUUCGCAAGCAGUGCUGCCUUCGCGAGGAGUGCUGCCUUUGCAAGGAGCGAAGCCAUCGCAAGGACUGUUGCCUUCGCUAGGAGUGCUGCCUUCGCAAGGAGGGCUGCCUUCGCAAAGAGUGCUGCCUUCGAAAGGAGUGCUGCCUUUGCACAGAGUGCUGCCUUUGCAGGGAGUGUUGCCUUUGCACAGAGUGCUGCCUCAUUAAGGACUGCUGCCUUUGCAUGGACUGUUGCCUUCGCAAGGAGUGCUGCCUUUGCAAGGAUUGCUGCCUUCGCAAGGAGUGCUGCCUUCGCUAGGAGUGCUGCCUUCGCUAGGAGUGCUGCCUUCGCAGGGAGUGCUGCCUACGCUGGGAGUGCUGCCUUCGCAAGGAGUGCUGCCUUCACAAGGAGUGCUGCCUUCGCAAGGAGUGCUGCCUUCGCAAGGAGAGCUGCCUUCGCUAGGAGUGCUGCCUUCGCAAUGAGGGCUGCCUUCGCAGGGAGUGCUGAUUUGCAGGGAGUGCUGCCUUCGCAAGGAGUGGUGCCUUCGCAAGCAGUGUUGCCUUCGCAAGGAGAGCUGCCUUUGCAAGGAGCGAAGCCAUCGCAAGGACUGUUGCCUUCGUAG